AUGAAAGAAUACACACUCCUUCUCUUCUUGGCUUUGUGCUCUGCCAAACCUCUUAUCGGUCCUUCAUAUUUUACACUAAAGAAUAUGAUGCUCCAUGAUAUGGAAGAAGAUGAUGAUGAUGAUGACGAAUAUGACGACAAUUCUCUAUUUCCAACCAUUGAACCAAUUAUACCACUAAUUCCUUUUGAUCUUUUCCCAAUAUGCCCUUUUGGAUGCCAGUGCUACGUGAGAGUUGUCCAUUGCUCUGACCUAGGUUUGACAUCAAUACCUCGCAACAUUCCACCAGAUACUCGUAUGAUUGACCUUCAAAACAACAAAAUUAAAGAGGUCAAGGAAAAUGAUCUCCGAGGACUCUCAUCACUUUAUGCACUGGCUUUGAACAACAAUAAAAUAUCCAAGAUCCAUCCAAAGGCCUUUCAACCAACAAAGAAGCUACGACGACUGUAUUUGUCCCAUAACCAGCUAACUGAGAUUCCAACAAAUCUACCAAAAACUUUAGCAGAGCUCAGAAUUCAUGCUAAUAAGGUUAAGAAAAUCCACAAGGACGUAUUUAAAGGAAUGAAAUCUCUACAUGUUUUGGAAAUGAGUGCAAAUCCUCUUAACAAUGAUGGAAUAGAGCCAGGGGCUUUUGAAGGAGUAAAUAUCUACCAUAUAAGAAUUGCAGAAGCUAAAUUAACUUCAAUUCCUAAAGAAUUGCCCUCCAGUCUACUAGAACUUCAUUUAGAUGACAAUAAGAUCACAGCAAUCGAAGUUGAAGAUUUUAACCGGUAUAAAGAUCUUCAAAGACUAGGCCUUGGGAAUAAUAAAAUCAAAGAUGUGGAAAACGGAAGUUUUGCCAACAUACCAAGUAUACGUGAAAUCCAUCUUGAAAAAAAUAAGCUCAAGAAAGUUCCUCCUGGAUUACCCGAACUGAAAUAUCUACAGGUACUCUUCCUUCAUUCUAAUCAUAUUGCAAAACUGGGAGUGAAUGAUUUCUGUCCAACAGGAGGAAGAAAGAAGAAAGCAUUAUACAGUGGCAUAAGCCUCUUCAAUAAUCCUGUAAAGUACUGGGAGGUUCAGCCUUCAACUUUCCGUUGCAUUUUAGCCAGAAACAGCGUGCAACUUGGAAAUUUCCUCAAGUGAUACUGAAGUUGGUCAUUUCAAAAAGCAAGCUGUCCAAAUCAGUUCUACAAUACUUGAAAUUUGCAGAAAAAUGUCAAUUUUACACUAUUUAACCAGUUUACAAAGUAUUUACUAUUUCAGAGAUAAUUAGAAACAGUAUGUUAGUAGGAUCCAUUGUAGUAUUUGACAAUGUUCAACCUAUAUUUGAAUAAUUUAAACAAAAGCCUUUGUAUCUUACGGAAGGACCUUGGAAGUGGAACUGGAAACUGUAUUUGAUGUUUCCUAUUAUAGAUGU